AUGCUUUUUCCAUCAGCACGCGUGAUCGUGAUCAUCUGCCUAGCCAUAGUAGUAGCAUCAAGCAAAGCUUUGCCCAACACCGCAGCGCAAGCUCCUGGUAUGGGUCCUCCAUCUGGCUGGUUCGACGUUGAGGCCAGCACAAGCGAGGCCAAGCCAGCAGUGCGAAACACAUCCAUGCCGACUAGCUGCAAGUCUGGGGAGACGAAUAGCAAGCUGCACGAGAUGCUCAAAGCUCCGCCAGGAUCCGUGGCCGAAAAGUUUGCUCGCAAUAAUGCGAAAUUAGUGAGUGCAUAGAUUGGAGAGCAAGCCCUCUAGGAAUCAGUCCAUCUGCAUUGCAUUGCAUCGCUCUGAUUACACUCUUGCUUCUUGCCCUGAUCGGCAGUCUCAAAGCUGGCGUCUACCGGCUGAUACAAAGAGUCCAAGGGCCACGCUGAUUGCCUGUGUGAGCGAAAUGCAAGUCAAAAUUCUUGCGCUCAACGCUCCGGUAUUGACUUGCGCUACUCUCUUGACCCCAGAUGGAUACUCGCAUCUUGCCCGAGGCCGCUUUUGGACUCAAGGCGGGCGAAGUCAAGGUGCUGCGCUCUGCAGGUGGCCGAGUGCCAGACCUGUUGCGCAGCAUUCAUCUUGCUCAACAUGUGUUGGGCGCCAAGGAAAUCAUCCUCAUGCACCACACCAAGUGUGGUCUUUUGCACGCUAGGGAUCAAGACAUACGCAAGACGCUCGUGGAGAAGAUCGGCCGUCGUGUCAAGCCCUUUGCGGAUGUCAUGACGUACUUUGGAUUCGAGGACCUCCACCAAUCUGUCCACGAUGACAUUGCGCUGCUCAAGAACGAUCCGCUGGUCGAUACGACGCUGAUUACGGGCUGGAUUCAUGACGUAGAUACUGGCAACGUCACUCGCGUGGCGUGA